AUGGCGAGCACUAUCAAGGAAGUAUUCGCUGAAAUCGCUCCAGCGGUUGAGAACAGUCAUGGAAAGGUGACUGUCGUUGGAGUUGGUCAAGUAGGAAUGGCUUGUGCCUAUUCAAUUCUCCAACAAAACAUUGCCAACGAGCUGUGCCUGGUUGAUGUCGUUGCCGACAAGUUGAAAGGAGAGAUGAUGGAUCUUCAACACGGUCUUGCUUUCACUCGUCAUUGCACCGUCAAGGCUGAUACUGACUACUCAAUCACUGCUGGCUCUAAACUGUGCGUCGUGACAGCAGGUGCUCGCCAACGUGAGGGAGAAACUCGUCUCUCGCUGGUGCAAAGAAACGUUGAGAUUUUCAAGGGAAUCAUCCCACAACUCGUCAAGUACUCUCCGGAAACUUGCAUUCUCGUCGUCUCCAAUCCAGUCGACGUUCUCACUUAUGUCACCUGGAAACUGUCAGGACUUCCACGGGAGCGUGUCUUCGGAUCUGGAACCAAUCUCGAUUCGGCUCGUUUCCGCUUCUUGCUGUCAGAAAAGUUGAAUAUUGCCCCAUCUUCUUGCCACGGAUGGAUCAUUGGAGAACAUGGAGAUUCGAGUGUUGCCGUCUGGUCAGGAGUUAAUGUGGCUGGAGUCACUCUUCAUGAUGUUAAACCAGAUAUUGGAGAGAAAACUGACAACGAACACUGGGAAGCUGAAAUUCACAAGAAGGUCGUAGACAGCGCCUACGAAAUCAUCAAGCUGAAGGGUUACACUUCCUGGGCUAUUGGGCUUUCUGUUGCUAAGAUCGCUCAAGGCAUUUUCAGCAACUCUCGUAAUGUCUUCGCUCUUUCAACAAAUGUUAAGGGAUUCCAUGGAAUCAACGACGACGUCUACCUUUCACUCCCAGUUGUUCUUGGGUCUGCUGGUCUCACCCAUGUCGUUAAGCAACAUCUCACUGAGGUUGAGGUCGAAAAAUUGAACAAGUCCGCAAAAGCUCUUCUGGAAGUUCAAAACGGCAUCGUCAUGUAA